AUCAACACCAAAAUCACCUCCAGCCCUCGCAGUCUGUCCACUUGUGCCGUCAGCCCCACUGACGCUUCGACUGAUCGGCCCAAAGACGUCCCAGUUGGCGAAACUGAGCCGCAGAUUUGGCCAAACCCGCACUCACAAACACAACUGGCGGCACCAACACCCGUGUCCAGGUGGCAGACGACUCAUGUCAUCCCUUCGGAACCGGUCAGUGCUCAGCUUCAUUGGCCAGUCCUACCUAAUUUCGCAGAAAGUACCAGUUUCGCACCAUCUGGAUGGAAUGGCGCCUGGAAAUGGGGCUGGCCACAGCCACCCUCUGAAGGGCACCAACCGGUGAGUGAGAGAAGUGACAAACGAAGGGUAGAAAAAUGCGAAGAAACAGAAGUCUGCCGGGCCACAGGAAAGAGGACUAGAUUGGACGAGAAUCAUGUGAAUGGGGAUGGGGAGAGAGCUGAUGCCGGUGGAGAUGAAACAUUCUUUCCCUUCGGACCCAAAGGCCCGGCUAGCCUGGCGCAUGUAAAUGACGCCAGUCCAUUCUGCUCUGUUCAACCGAGAGCAGACAAGCAGCCUCGACUUAGUGACGAUGCUUCCGGUAGUCCUAAACUCGGCAACAUGAUCGAAAGGCAAGAGCAAAUGAGACAGUCUGGAAAACCGUAUAGCGACAAGCGAAAGGACGUCUUCACCAAGUCUACAUCUCCUUCCAGUUCGACUACAGACGAGCGGACAAGCGAAGAAAUGCCGGCAGAUGGUAAAAAAAGGCUGCCAGUGAGUUCGACGGCAAAAAGAGGCGAUGAACUCAGGGAUGGUGUCAAGGCUGGAAGGUACAAUGAGAGAUUUGGGGUAAUCAUAGAUUCAGAAGAGAAGGGAAAGCCGGAAGAAAAUGGAGACAAAAUGAGAGAAAGGGAUGUAAGAAGGUCGAGUGUAAAGGACGAGUUAGGCAUGCCAACAAGGGGAAAGGAAGAUUGUGAGGAGAACAGAGGAUGUAGAAAUGAGAAAGUCACUGUAUGGCUUGGAAGGUCCUCCGGGAUGGAAGCGACGGGCAAAGAGGCGCUCAAAGAUGAUACAUCCAUUUCGGGAACCUUCGGGCCUAGAACACAAGACCUAAGCGAGACUUGGCUAGGACGAGUAGACGUUCGAGCGUCUGAGACUGGCAGAUCCGAGCAGGAUGUUGACGACAAAGCCACAGUAGCUGGGAGCCCGGCAACAAGAGCAGUCUGGAGCAGAGCGAUGCCAGUGGAGGGCUCAUCCGGCUGGUUGAAUUGGCCGGCUCUCCGCCCAGCUCCUCCCACCUCGGAGCCGGUAACCACCUCUGUACCAGAAUUUGCGUCGACAUCUGCGCCCACUUCUGUCGUCAUGCCGUCGUGUACACCGGCCGUGACAACCGCUACCACUGGUCUCGAUCAGAACAGCCUAGAAGCGAGCCCAGCUCUGGCGCAUCUUCUCUACUGCUAUCAGAUGUUGCGAGCUCACUGGGAGCUGGCCGGACAAGCCGCAGACGCCGAUCUCAAGCCCGGUCGGCCGGCCAGAUCCGGCGGUCUUACACCAGGACCAAAGUAA